CCAGGAUCUAACAUCGAACCUCCAGUGAAACUCCACAGAUCUCCUUCAAUUUCUUCUCUUUAUAAACAAAUCGCACACUCCCCAUUUCUACUCAAGCUUCUCCUCUUCAUUAAUUCUCAUCUACCAAACUUAAAUUUCCAACUUAUUGAUCUCCUCUUCAGAUGGCCUAUCAAGACGAAGCUUUUACCUUAGAAUAUAUCAACCAGUACCUCCUCAAUGAUUGUAGUACUUCCAUGGAAUCCUUCAUCACAGAUUUCAAUUUUUACACUUCAUCCACCAACCAACAACCCCAACAACAAGAACUCAAACAAAUCAAUUCUCAGAACCAUCCAACCCUUGUAAAAUCAUCAAGUACUUUAAGCCAGAGAAAACCAUCUGUAAACGUGACGAUUCCUCCAGCAACAAGCUUUACUUCGACCUCCAACAGUCACCCAGUUAUGAAAACAGAAGCUGAGAAGGAAAAGCACUACAGAGGAGUAAGGAGAAGACCAUGGGGAAAAUAUGCAGCGGAAAUCCGUGACCCAAAUAGAAAAGGGAGUCGGGUCUGGUUAGGAACUUUUGAAACCGCCAUUGAAGCUGCAAAAGCUUAUGAUAACGCAGCGUUUAAGCUACGCGGAAGCAAAGCGAUCUUGAACUUUCCACUUGAGAUUGGGAAUUCAAAUUCAAUUUCGAGUUCCGUGGAGUCUAAAUUACAAGUGAAUUGCGGGAAAAAGAGGAAGAGUGAAGAGGCAGAGAGUGGUAUGGAGAGAAAGGUCGUGAAGAAGGAGGAAGAAUUCGAGGAAACGGUGGCGGCGGAGACUAUAACCACUGGGGAUCAUCCUUUGACGCCGUCAAGUUGGAAGGGGUUCUGGGAUGUUGGUAACGAGAACGGGGUUUUCAGUGUGCCACCGUUAUCUCCGUUAUCUCCGCAUCCUUGUAUGGGAUACUCUCAGCUUCCCGUUAUGUAACGAACGUUAAUUGGAUCUAUACUAAAUUUUGAAAUAUCGGACGGCUGAGAAAUAUAUAUGUACAUACUAAGUAGCGAUGAGAGUGCAAUAGGGAACUAAUUAAGUUUAGAUGUUAUAUGUUUGAAGAUUAGUUUGAAUUUAUUCGUUCUUUUCUUAAA